CGUUAACCUGCUUCUUGCUUCCGCCGCCACUCGCCUUGCUACUUCCCUCCGUCGCUCGGAGACUCGGUGUACUAGAUUGCUUUACAGCCGCCGCCUUCUGUGGAUAGAGUUCAUCGCUGGGCCGCGUACGGGGAUAGCGCCAGCCGGCUGAGCGUUCUCGACGGUUGAGCGCGUGGACGGGGAUAGAUCGAUGUCGGUGUUCUUGCUAGUGGAAGAUAGCCCGGCGAUGCAGAGGCUGUGGCCCACGGUGCGGGAUCGCGGACUGCAGCCUUUGCUGGAGAGCCUGCAGCGCAGGACGCCGAUGCCCAUAAAUCUCGCUGUCGGACGAGCCGCUUGGAAUGGUCUCUCUGAGCUCCAGUACUACAGCGAGCCACAAAGGGGGCUGUCUGAGAUCUUCCUUCACGGGGGCGAAGAGGGCGGUGGCUACAUCUCAGCCACUGCACUUCAAAAAUCCAUCCAGAAUUUGGCACAAAUUGCUGCCCAACACGGGGGCUCGACCUCGCAGCACGCGCACCUAGUCGUCGUGGCAGCGUCAUCGGCACCUCAAGCAGCUGGAGGACCCUCAGAAAGCACCUGGACCUCGCUUGCAACGGAAGCAGCGCGUCUCCGUAUCCUCCCGCAUCUCAUCCUGGGCCAAGGCGCCGACGCGCCAGGGCUUCUGAUGUUCUUCACGACGGUGGUGCGCCUCCAGGGCGCCGCGGAGGACGCGGCGGGCUUGCACGACGGCGCGUUCAGCGUGCGCACGAGCACGCGUGCUGGCGCGGAGGGGGCUGGCGCGGGCACGCAGGCGUCCGGCGGACCAUCGCUCGAGAGGCCGCAUGCAUAUCCGCGACACGCCGUGCCUGAUGCUCCAGCGACGGAGCGGCGGGCAGGACCGUCGUCGGGUUAUGCGCCCCACCACCAUCACUCGCUCUCGCCGCCGCAGAUGGGCGCGUCGCUUUCGGCGGGCCGUGGGGCGCCUGCGCGGUCGAGGAAGACGUCGAUGCCGGAGGCGCCGCGUCCGAGCAUCGUCAGUCAGCUGCAGCACCUGCACGGGCUGUCGAAAAAGCGUAUCUACGGCGCGAAACCCGCUCGGCGGCCUUUCAUUCGCGGCGAGGAGCAACGAGGUUCGGGGACCGCCGCGGAGUCCCGCCGCGGGCCUGAACUUCGUGAGGAUGAGCCGUUGAGUGCGCCCGCCUCCCCAACGCGCGCACGAUACGCCGCGCUGCCAGGGGCGGCGCCAUUUGCUGCUGAGUCGGGAAGUCGAGAAAGUGCCCGUGGGGCUCCGCGAAGAGAGCACUAUAAGGACGCUCAGGUGCCGAGGCCGAUGUAUAACCCUCCGGCAGCGACGAGAGCACGAGCAAAUACAGUGGAGACAGCGUCCGCUUAUGCUGACCGCCCGGAGGCGGAGUUGCUAACCCGUGACCCGACGUCCUAUGGGGCGGACCUUGGCGCGGGCAAUUCGCCAGUGUCUCCUUCGGGCUUCAAGUCAGGCUCCACCUCAAGCUAUGCGCCAAUAUCGCCAACGGGCUACCCAUCUGCCUCUUCAUCGUCUUACGCGCCGAUGCUGUCAGCGCCAAGCUAUGGCGCGACGACGGCGUCCGCGUCCUACGGGGCGGCAAUGAACCCCACAGCCUACGGCGGCGCUUCUACAAAUUCAGGAUACCGGACGAUAUCGACGUCCGCCGGCUACGGCGCCGUGCCGCCGUCCGCAGAAUAUGGCGCAAGUACGUCGUCUGCAGGCUACGGCCCUGCGCCGGCGCCGCCGGAGCAGCAGCCUCUACCGUCAUGGUCGUCUUUCACCUCGGCGGCGCCUUCUGCUGGGUACGGAGGCGCCACGUACGGGCAGCCUGAGUUUGACGCGGCGUAUGCGGCGUGGACGCCGAGCACGUACACGUCGGCGCCGCCCAGCCCGACGCAGGGCUAUACGUACCUGCCGUUCGGCGUGACCGACCCUUACGCGGCGCCUGUACCAAUGCAGCCCCUGGCUGGGCCUAUCGCAGGCUCGAGUGCCUCCAGGUCCUUGCAAUCUACCAUUGCUCAGCCGCGUGCGUCGGCGCCUUCAUCUCAUCCUCCUCCGCCUGAUCCCAACGCACGAUGAAGGCGGAGGCCCAAAUUCUGGUGACGAACAUGACAGUGCCACCAGCAGCCUUAUAUAUUGAGCGUCACCCGACGAUGCUAUCUCCUGAUUUAUGGCUCUCUUGUACCCCACAAAACUAACUAUAAGCAGCUGUGGCUUCAAUCAGCAUACCCGAUGUAUGUAUGACAUUGUAUGUACAGGAGCGCCCACUUCAGACGGUUAUCUAUAGCAUUCUGUAGCAAAGCCUCUAUAUAUCUCGUCUCGACUUGAAAUAGAGAUCCUGACUAUUUACUUCGCCGGUUGUACUGCCCAAGGGCUAGGUGGGCAAGCUUUCGGUUUACACUUCUGUCUCAAGCGGCUGGUAUGAGACCAUUUUUCGACAAAAAUUACCGG